AUGACGAUGGCUGCACAGAAAUGGUUGAAGCUUGCUGUCGCGAAACGAGCCGCGCUAUCGGAACUAAUUCCUCCCGAGUACCGCAUCCCUAAACAUCUUCUUCCACCAAACACCCAGCUCGAUGUGACGCCGUUUCCCACAGAGUCAGGAUGGUUCUCACAGAAGGAGCUGGAAAUCACGUCGAGCACAUCGCCGGUGAUACUCGAGAAGAUCGCGUCGCGAACAUGGACAGCGGAAGAGGUUACUCGUGCCUUCUGCAAACGAGCGGCAGCCGCGCAUCAAUUGACAAAUUGCCUCUCUGAAAUCUUCUUUUCAGAGGCAGUUGAAUCCGCAAAAGCUCUCGAUGAGCACCUCCUCAACACCGGGAAGACCAUCGGACCGCUCCAUGGCUUGCCUAUAUCACUCAAGGACAAUUUCAACAUAGUCGGAAAAGACAGUUGUGUCGGGUUUGCGUCGCUAGUCAACCAGCCUGCUCCGUACAAUGCCACAUUAGUGGAGCUGUUGGAAAAGGCAGGAGCUGUGCGAUAUUGCAAGACCAACGUGCCCACGGCGAUGAUGAUUGCGGAGUCGGUGAACAACGUACUUGGCAGGACGGUGAACCCCUUGAAUCGGAAGUUGACUUCUGGAGGGUCAUCUGGGGGUGAAUCCGCCUUGAUUGCUUUCGGUGGCUCUCCGCUGGGAGUCGGUACUGAUAUUGGAGGUAGUUUGCGUAUCCCGGCUGCCUGCACAGGCAUAUUUGCUCUCCGUCCCUCUUUUGGCAGAUUCACGACACAACGUUGUAGAUCUGGUUUAGCUGGCCAAGAAGCAGUCAUGAGCGUCAACGGCCCAAUGGCAAGAACCCUCAAAGAUGUCGUGCUGUUCGCAAAGACAGUAGUAGAUUCCAAGCCAUGGUUGCAUGAUCCAAAAUGCCUUCCGAUCCCCUGGCGAUUAGUCGAACCUAAGAAGAAACUCAAGCUGGCUGUACUGUGGAACGACGGCAUGGUUGUGCCAACUCCUCCGGUGAAACGAGCUUUGAAAGAGACUGUAGAAAAAUUGAAGAACGCCGGACACGUGAUAGUAGAGUGGAAUCCGGUUCUUCACCCGCAGCUCGUGGACCUACUUGGCCGAAUGUUUGUUGCCGAUGGCGGUAAAAGCGUACGCGCACUACUUGCACCCACCGAUGAGCCAUUCCGCCCUGAAAUGGAAGCAUACCAACAGGCCAGUGAGCUUGGUGUUCAUGCUAUGUGGCAGCUUCACCUUGAGCGGUCAGAACUGCAGAAGAAGUAUCUUGAUCAAUGGCUUUCGUAUGAAGACCUAGAUGCAAUUCUUGCACCCACCACGCCGUUCGCUAGCGUUCAGAAUGGACUUUUCAAGCAUGUCGGAUAUACUGGUGUCUAUAAUAUCGUUGACUAUGCCGCUGUUUCCUUCCCUAGUGGCGUGUUUGCAGAUAAGGAUAAGGAUAAGGCAAUUGCCAAUCAUACGCCUCUCAGCGACACCUGCAAGGAGAUUCAUAGCGAAUAUGAUGCAAUCCUUGUGCACGGUAUGCCUGUCAGCUUGCAACUCGUUGCAAAGAGACUUGAGGAGGAAAAGGUCUUGGCGAUGACCGAGAUGGUUCUGCGAGCAAUAAGUCUUCCACUGAAGGCGCGUUUGUAGGCUGAUGGUGACUUUCGGGAAAUGUCUUGUGUCGCCCAAAGGUAGGAACUCGC